AUAAAGAAUGUAGAAUUUAGUGAAGAAACACAGAAUAUUUAUAUUAUCAUUUUCUCACUGGUCUCUCUUUAUAUAGUCAGAGAUAGACUUGUCUAUGACUAGACCUGUAGUCCUACUCUGGCUACCUGAGAUCACUCCUCUCUGUGAAAAUAUCAGAUGAACAAUACUCAUGAGUAUUUUGCCGAAAGUGGUAUGAGUACUCAACAAUACCCAAGCACGAGUACUCAAAGUCGUACUCAGAGUACUUGUUACUCACUCAUGAGUACUCAUAUGAGUACUCAGUGAGUAAAAAAAUGUAUGAGUACGUAUGAGUACUCGUCCGGUUUUUCUAGCAGAGUACUUUUUGAGUACUCACACUUGAGUACACUCACUAGGGUGACCUACAUUUUAUAAUGUGCUAAAUGCGACCAACGAUAAUGCAAUCAUUAUACAAAAUUUAGACAAAAACCAAUCAUCGGUACAAUUAAGCACACUUCAUUCUUCAUCAACUGGGCUGUUCAUAUUUGUCAUACUAACACUGAUAAUCUGCGGUAUCUCAUCCUCUUUAACGAUCAAUUCAGCAUUACUUUUUAAAUUCUGCCUGGAUUUUUUUCUCAGACAGUCUGAUUAUGGUCAGAAUAUGGAGGCAUUGCUUUAUUAUUAUUAAUGGGUUUCGAUUAACAUUUAUAAUAUAACGUUUUUCUUUAUGUUUCUAUUAUAUCCAUAGAUCUUCAGAAUCAAAAAGUAGAUAUCGCAUGUUCCAGUUGUUACAGAUUUAACCCUCGGUUUUUUUCGAAAAACUUAAAUUUGAUCAGAUUAUCAGGUACAGACGACUGUGAGUCCGGACUGGAAGAUUUUUUGGCGGACUCGGAAUUGGACUCGAACUGGAGAUUUUUUGAAGGAAUCGAACUUCAGUUUUUGUCUUUCGAGUCCGAUCCAUUCAAUUUUUAACACAAAUGAACAGAGAAAAAUGAAAAGCGAAAUAACAAUACCUUCUGUUUCACAAGAAAUUGAGAAUUUUGUUCGGGCGGCGGACAUACAAAGUAACCUUAUUUUCGAAAAAUCAAAUAUCUAUCCACGGCUCAGUAAAUUAAAAAAGAGAAAUAAACCACACUGAUCAAAAAAGAAUCUAAAAGAUUACCGGACUCGGUACCCCCUCGGACUCGCCAAUGCCUGGUCAGAUAAGAAUACAAUACAAUACAAUAGGUUACUCUAAUAACUCUAAAAAAAUCACUUCUGAUUGUAGGUUAACCUCGACUGCGGUAAUAUAAAACUGACCAAUCAAAAUCGAUCUUCGUUGAUGAGAUAGAUGGUGGCGACCAUCUGCCAUAACUAUUUUAGUGCUUCUAAAACGAUGAAAUGAUGAAAAAUGUGCUUUUAUUCCAUUCAAAAAUACAUAUACAGGGCCUUAUUUCAUUUGAAUGACGCGAUUUUGUCUUGUCAUUUCACGACAAUGUCAUUGUAGCUUACUUUGUUUCUGAUUGAUCAAUAAUGGAAUAGAUCUGAACUUGUAUCAUCAUUAAAUUAUUCUUAUACAUAUUAUAGAUAUAGCAGAUAUGUCGCCACAAAAUCAUCAUCUUUAUUCCAUUUCCUUUUCAGUCUUGCUCAUUAAGAUCUAAUUGCAUUUCGGCCAGUACCCUAACUGAAUUUAGGAUCUGUCUCACACCCUUACACUGAAAAUGAUGACUCUUGCCCCCAUUCUGUACACUUUUUAAGCUGUAAUUGGUAAAUAACUUCUUAUUUAAAAAGAUGACAAUAUCGUAUCAAAGUACAUAUGCUUCUUUUGUUGUUGUUCUAUCUAUCUAUGCUUAUUCGAUAAUGUUACAGGGAGCGUUUCAUCUAUAUUUUCAAGUACCCGUUAGUAGUUGCUUAGCUUAAGUUGUCGAUCUUACCUGAAUGCGAUUAGUUACUUUACUGAAGCCCAUGCUUAGAUUUGGCACUAUGGUCAAUAAAGAAAUGAUAAUUAAUUGAUUGAUUUUUCAGACCUGUUCUGGAAUAAAAGAAAAAUGGUUCAUCUCAGAGAAAUAACAGAAGCUAUUUGGGGUGAGUAUCUUCGUGUGAUCUUUUAGUUAUGUUCAAUACCUUUCUAUAAAUCUGUUUUUCAAUUUAAGGUUUAGUUCUUGAACCGAAUAAAGCCUAUGAGACGGUUGUUGAAAAACCAUUUCGAAUGACGAUGGCUGCACUUGAAGUUGACAAUACUCACGGUGAUGAAAUAACACAAGUAAUGAGUAAAUCGAAAUCAAAUAAUUUUAUCCUGUGUACUCUGCACCCAUCAAAAUGUUUACAACAAAUGAUCGAUUUGGAGUUUUAUGAAGGCCAAACACUAUCAUUUUUUGCAAAAGGUCGAAAUAAAGUACAUUUAACUGGUUAUAUUCUUCAAGAAAUACAUGAUCAUGAUGGUUGCGAUGAUCAUAGACAAGGGGACAACUUGGCAGUAUGGCAUCCUCAAUCAAGAGAUUCAGAAGACAGUGAUUCCGAUGAUGAGGACGAUGAUAACUUUGAUGAUACAACAACAGAUGAUGAUGACGACGAGGAUGAGAAACAAUCGUCAAUUCAAAAUAAAAAGGUCAAAAGAGAAGCCGUCGAUGAUUCCGAGCAAAAGAAUUCAACAAAAGAUUCGAAAGUGAACGAUGGAAACAAAAAGACGAAGAUGAACAAAAAAUCAAAAAAAUCAGCAUCAGCAAUAGCAGAUAAUAACGGCAGUGAUAUUCCAUCAGCAAAAAUUAAAACAGAGUCUGCUAGUGGAAAUGAUAUACCCAAAAAGAAGCAAUCAACCGACAGUGGAUUACUUAUUGAAGAUAUUAAAGAGGGAAAAGGUCCAGAAGCAAAAUUGGGACGAAAUGCUUGUGUUUAUUAUACUGGUCGCUUGAAGAAAACAAAUGGCGUCUUCGAUAGCUGUACGAGUGGAAAACCAUUUAGUUUCAAACUUGGUGCAGGACAAGUGAUACGAGGCUGGGAUGAGGGCGUUAAAGGGAUGCGUGUUGGUGGUAAACGACGAUUAACCAUACCACCGUCAAUGGCUUAUGGUAACGACAAAUUAGACGGAAUACCGCCCUUGUCGACGCUCGUAUUUGAUGUUGAAUUAAAAGCUGUCAAUUAA